GCCUGUGAUCCCUGUAGGAAGGGGAAACGACGAUGCGAUCGAGCUCUGCCUCGCUGUUCAUUGUGCGUUAGGAAAGGCGCACAAUGUGACUAUCUCUCGCGGCGUCGGACUCGUCAGAUACGGGGCGAGGGCCGCUUGGCUACUCCAAACACGCUGUCAAGCUCCAGUGCGAACAUCUCUCGCCCAGAUAGUCGAGUUGAUAGCCGACGGCCUCAGUCUAUUUCCUCUGUGACACCUGUGAUACCCGUGAUUCCUAUACCCUCCAAUGAAGCCGCCACAACGACUGCGAUAUACUUCAUCGCUCCGCACAUCUUUCGACAGGCACAGCUCGAGCUGCCCCGAAUUCAACCUACUAUACCGGCAGAUCUAUCGCCAUUCGAAAAUGAUCCCUCACGCAUCCGCAACAUUGCGUAUACUUUCUUCGAUUCGAUUCACUGGUGGAUGCCCAUCAUCUCUAAAAAGGGGUUCUUUGCGCAUCUGUUGAACCCCCUGUCGCAGCGACGGAGUGAACUUGGCCUGCUCAUCAUAUGCAUGCAGCUGUACUGCGCACCGGACCUCAACCCUGAGACGGGAGCACUUGAUGUUAGUGCACUGUAUCACAAUGCCAAGAGAUUGCAUUUCGAGAUGGAAGCUGCGGGCAUCUUGUCGUUGCGGGUGCUUCAGGCAGGCAUCUUGAUUGCGCUGUAUGAAGUUGGGCAAGCCAUCUAUCCAGCUGCAUAUCUGACAGUUGGAGCUUGUGCACGCUAUGGUAUAGCAAUUGGCGUGGAUAAUCUGAGAGAGGAAUCGUCAAGUGAAUACGGAAACCCGCGCUCAUUGUCCGAAGUUGACGAGCGGAGACGCGCGUGGUGGACAAUAUUAUUUCUGGACCGGUUUUUAAACAUUAGCAAUCCAAACAGACCCCUGGCGACAAAAAAUCCAACCUUUGACGACUUGCUUCCGAUUGACGAUAAAUUAUGGGAUGAUGGUACUGCGAAACCAAGCGAUGCUUUCAGCAUCUCUCAAGGAUUUUCUCUUGAGAUGGGCAUGUUUUCUAGACUUGGGCAGGCCACCUUUUUACUCAGCCAGGCUCUCGAUCUUGUUGGUCCAGAUAAUCACCAGAGCGUGAUGGAAAGGAAUCAGCAGAUAGCCCAACUAAGGCGAACUCUUCAUGCAUUGAUUACGGUCUCAAACGCCGAGGCCACUGCUAGAGAACUGAGGACAUGCUCUGGAUUCUGUCCCCAGCUAUCGAUUUGC